UUCGCAGUGCCAUGGACCAAAAUGGCGGCAGCGACCGACUGGGAGCGGUCGCGGAAUACUUUGCCGCGAUCACUCGAAGCGAGGUGAGCUCAGUCAAGCACCGCUCGGAAGGAUACCUCAUCGUUGAGUCUGGUCUCACAGUUGUCACGAAACAGCAAGGCAAAUCGCUCUUCAACACUGGGUUCUACCGGCAGAACCGACUCCACUUGUAUCCUGAAGAAGCCACCUGCCUGGCGCAUCGCGGGGUCCUGGACAUCCGCUUGGCCAGCACGGAGGUGUCAUCUGCCCCUGGGUCCGCUUAUCUCUCCUUGCGUGAUCUGAACGACCGACUCAACGUCCACGUGCCACGGGAAUGUCGUGAAGUGUACUGUUUCCUGAAGGACCGAAAGUUUAUACCUCGACGCGUCCAACGAAGUGGCACCAGCACACAUCGACCUGUCCUUUCCACGGCCACGAAUGUCUCUAUCGCGUACGCCGUUCAUGCACCGGGAAAGAAGUCCGACCCGCCGCUCUUCAACGCUGUCGUGUUUCGCAUGUCGGACCCCCUGCCUCCUCUCGACGCGCUCCUUCAGCUCACACAGACGCGUCAAGACUGCGAAUUGCUCACAGCCAACACGUCAUCAUCAUGUGAUCAUGGCGGAAGUCCGUCGCCCAUCCCUAUCAAGUUGUUUGCAUGCGACGGCGAAGGCGGCGUCAUCGCGCUGGAGACGCUCGUGCCACAACUUCCAUCGCUCCCGGACCUAUCAUGAUAGUUUGAUAUUUCUCGAAUCGACCAAAGUGGAUACGUCGGGGCAAAUAUCAAUAAAUUAGCACUUUGAACAAAACUCGCACAUGACGACGACGCGACCAUCUACCCUUCCUUGCUGAAGUAGUUCGUGAGGAAUGUCUGGGGGUCUAGGAUGAAUUCGUCUGCGUACGUCGUCGAGGCGAGGGGCUCGUCCACGUGGUCGAACAGGAUCGAGUACGGGUCCGUCUCGGGUUCGAGCAGGUUGAACGACGUUGUGGUGUCGUUGGUAUCGCAGAACAAGAAUGCGCUGGGUUGCUUCUUCAGCAUGUGGUGGGAAGGCGACGAGAGCGGGGAGCAUUUGUCGUCCAUCUUGUUCGCGACAUCGCGGUCGUUCUCGGACGAGGACGAGAACCAGUCGUCGUCGGUCAGUUGAAGCAUGUCUUCGUCGUUGACAGGGGUCAUCCGCGACAGACUUUCGUCGAUGAUGUCAAAUUCGUCCAUGUGCUUGUCUUCGACGGAUGUUGGGUAGUCCAGAAUCAUCGUGGGCACGUCAAAGGCCGCCAUAGCGGGCCGUCGGGUGCCUGAAGACGUUGCAGGAACGAUCGCAGCAUGCCGCGACGCGGACGUUCGACCAUUUGACUUGUCGAACUCAAUUGCUGUACUCGCUGCCACAGUUGGUCGCAACAUGUUGUUGUCCAACUGGGACGUGUCGACCGAAGAAGCAAACCCGAGGGGUGGCAAUGUGCCUUCCUUUCGCUUCGAAAAGCGCGAUGCAGCAGAGGUCGCUGUGUAAUGGUUUUCAUCGAAGCUGAACUUUCGCUUCUUCACGCUGCUCACGUUCUUUUGCCGCGUGGUGGUGCAGUUGUCGGAAGCAUUUUCGAUGGACGGUGAUGCAUAUGCCGACGCCGUGGCAGUGCUGUGCAUGAAGUGGUUGUCGGCGCCUGAGUUGUUGACAUGGCUCGAAGCGUUCGUUCGGUCUUUGCCCUUGGCUUCUUCCUUUGCCAGCUUCUGGUAGUACUUUUGAGCAUGUGUUCGAAUUUGGACGACACUUCGGGUUUUGAUAAGCGUCGCGAUCUUCUUCCACGCUCGGUAUGGAAAGCACUCGAGCCCCUUGAGGAAGAGUUUGUGUUCGGCAUCCGUCCAUCUGCCAGUGUUUGCUUUGCAGUCGUGUGGCAUGUCCGAGUCGUCGCUGUCGUCGUCGUUCCCAGCAUCUUCGUCAUCAGGGCAAGACGAUUCGUCGUGGAACGACGACGCACGGAACGCGGCGGCUUCAGCGAGCUCUUUUCGCGCGGGCAGCGUCAUGGACGACAUGCCAGGCGAUGUGGGCGACCCCAUGGCUUCGCGUUCCUUGAACUUCGCGAACGCCAAGAGCGACGGUGUCGAUGGUGCCGUGAUUUUCAGCGACGGGGUCGCUGGACCAUGUGUGGUUGACGCCGAGUCGGCACCGACGUUGGCCUUGUCCAUGUUGUGUGAAGAGGGCUGCAUCAUGUGCGACGACGGGAGUGAUGUCGCCUGCGCUCGACGUGGCGGGAUGGAAUAUGACGUCGUGCCGGGAAGGAGAACGAUGUGGUCGGCACUUGGUCGUUUCC